GUGAGUGUUAUGAUACUUUUUCUAACAAGUUCUGUUAUCCACAAAACAUAUACAUUAACGGAAAUUGUUGUUGUUUCGUAUUAUUCGAUAAAUGCGUUGAUUUCGCAUUCAAGUCAGACUUUUUCCAACUUGCUCAUCAGGGAAUGUUUGAUCAACAUAGACAGCAGAGAGCAGAAUGAGUAAAUAUGCGAUCAACUUCACAUUUCAAAAUUUGGGUAUGACAAUGAUGUAUUUUGCAUUUCCUUAUAACAUGCACACCGCUUCAAUCGCUCAAGAAAAUUUUGCUAUAAAAUAGCGAUGGCAAGAGACACUGUACAUUAGAUACAAUGGAGCAAGACAUGAAUCUGUAUACCCACCUCUUACACGAAUGUAUUAAAACAAGAGCUCUUCAACAGGGAAAGCAGCUUCAUACCCAUAUUAUCAAGACUGGAUUUACUGGACAUAUCUUUCUUGGCAAUUUGCUUCUUAAAUUGUAUGUCAAAUGUAGGAGGUUGGAAGACUCUCGCCAAGUGUUUGACAAAAUGCCUGACCGAGAUGCCGGGAUUUGGAUGUCCAUGAUUACGGGGUAUACACAGAAUAGACGAAGUAAAAAUGCAUUAGAACUAUUUUGCCAAAUGCAACAGGCGGACGUCAAACCAAACCGAUUCACGUUUGCUGCGAUUCUUCAAGCCUGUGCCAGCUUAGCAGCUCUGAAACAAGGGAGACAGGUUCAUUCACAAAUCAUUAUGACUGGAAACCUUAUAGAUAUUGUUCCAAACAACAUUCUUAUUGAUAUGUAUUCUAAAUGUCGCUGCAUAGAUGAUGCACGCAAACUAUUUGACAAAAUGCCACGACGAGACAGUAUCUCUUGGAAUGCUAUGCUUGCAGGCUAUUCACAGAACGGAAAUCCGGAAGUAGCCCUUGAAUUCUUUAGGCAGAUACGGAGAGCAAGAAUUGAAUUAAAUCAGUUUGCAUACUCCAGCGUUCUGAAGGCUUGUGCUGCCAUGGCAGAAUUGCAACCGGGUAAGCAAGUUCAUGCUCACGUAAUUAAAACCAAGUCUGGUUCUGAUGUGUAUGUGGGAAGUUCGCUUGUUGAUAUGUAUACAAAAUGUGCACGGAUAGAAGAUGCCCGCCAUGUGUUUGACAAAAUGUCUACCUCUAAUGUUGUCACAUGGACAACAAUGAUUGCAGGGUAUGUUCAGAGUGAGCUCGUUGAGGAAGCCCUAAAGUUGUUUUGCCAGCUUCCUCAUCGGGAUAUUAAGCCUGACGAAUUUAUAUUUUCCAGCGUUCUCAGUGCAUGUGCAAGAUUAUCUGCUUUUGAACAGGGUACGCAAAUCCACGGUCACGUCAUUAAAACAGGAUAUGAAUCCCAAAAAUGUGCAGGGAAUUCUCUUAUUGAAAUGUAUUCAAAAAGUGGGUGCAUAAAGGAUGCCCGACGAGUACAUGAAUCGAUGCUUACCAGAGAUGUAAUCUCAUGGACAGCUAUGAUUGCAGGUUAUGCUCACCAUGGGUAUGGCAUUGAGGCCCUCCAACUUUUCAAAGAAAUGCAACAGGCAGGGACAAAACCAAACAAUAUCACCUUUGUUUGUGUACUUUCUGCCUGCAGUCAUGCUGGGCUAGUGGACGAGGGUCGCUAUUACUUUGAUGCUAUGCAACAAGAUUAUGACAUAAUUCCAACAUCAGAGCACUAUGCUUGCAUUGUAGACCUUCUUGGUCGUUCUGGGCACAUUGAGGAGGCUGAUAAAAUAGUUAACACAAUGCCAUUUAAGCCUUGUGCUUCUGUCUGGGGAGCAUUACUUGGUGCAUGCAGGGUUCAUGGCAACACAGAAAUAGGGAGACGUGCAGCUGAAAAUCUUCUUGAACUAGAGCCACAAUGUUCAGGCACUCAUGUGCUGCUCUCAAACAUUUAUGCUGCAGCUGGUAAAUGGGAUGAUGCAGCAAAAGUAAGGAAAUUGAUGAAAGAUAGGGGAGUGAAAAAGGAGACUGGACUCAGUUGGGUUGAGGUAAGGAGUACAGUCCACACUUUUGCUGUUGGCGACAGAUUGCAUCCAGAAUCUGAGAGGAUAUAUGCAAUGUUAGAAGCACUAACACAGAAAAUGAAAGAUGCGGGAUAUGCUCCUAACACUAGCUGUGUUCUGCGGGAUGUUGAGGAGGAGCAGAAGGAAGAUGUUCUUCGUUACCACAGCGAAAAGCUGGCACUUGCUUUUGGGCUUAUUAGUACACCUACUGGAGCAACUAUUCGAAUAAAAAAGAACCUCCGUGUUUGUGAUGACUGCCACACUAGCAUCAAGCUCAUUUCCAAGAUUGUAGAAAGAGAAAUUGUAGUGAGGGACACUAAUCGAUUCCAUAAUUUUAACAAUGGACUCUGUUCGUGUGGUGAUUAUUGGUGAUACUAAAAUGAGGGAUACCAUGCAGCCUAAUGGGAUCGGGUGAAUAUCAGUUCAUUCUGGCACACUGUAAUAUGAGGAUCUCCAAGAUGAUGAACAGGAUGCGAAUCUGACGUGGGGAACUGCUGGACUUGCUCCCUUCAUCAUGUGGCCACGUUAAAGCGGCCCAAAAAGCAACUGUAUGUAAUAGCACAUGCCCGAGAAUGGAGCUCCAGUUUGUGUCCCAAGUUUGAGGAAUCUUCUGUAAAUUCGUACACUUAUCUCUGCAGAUCAUCGUUGUGUGGAAUUGGAAAGCCAGCCUUACACGUUGAAAUAUGAAGGGAAAAAUGACGCCAUAUUGGAAAGAUGGAGGAGGCAGCAUUGAUGGGAAAGAAGUUGCUUAGAUGCAACUAAAGCAGAAGAAAGAAAAGAGAACAGUUUCUACUUGUGGGUAGUGGAGUGAGCUGGAAGUGGCUAGAAGUACCACCUGCAGGCAAAUUGUUUUGGUGAAAUAGACUAAAGAGAAGCUCGCCAACACGCCAAUAGAUACUUAUGAUGGAGAUAAACACAUAGAUGAAGAAAUCUAUUAUUACAUUGCAUUGCAUAACAUAGAGAUACUGAAAUAAGAUCAGGGCCCUUCCCUGCUUAUACAAUAAAAAAUAUAGAGAUCCUGAAAUGGAUAUGUUUUUAACAAUGAAAAUACCUUCGAGAGAUUAAAACAACCAUCGAUUCCCUUAAUAAACUAAUCAAAUAUUCUGAUUAUUCCAACACCCCCACCGAAUUUGUAAUUUCUGUACAUUGUCUGCUAUGAAGGGUCUAGUCUGUAACUAUCCAAUGUUGUUAGGAGACAAUGACUUUGAAAAGCCAUCCCCAAGUUGAUUCUAAGUGGAGGCGAACUACAUGUGUUUCUUAUCUCUACACCAUGUCUCUGUUGAAGUGGCAAUGAACCUCUAUAAAUUUGGAUAACUCAUGCACAAAAUGAUGUUUCACCAUCUUUAAUAAACUUUGAUUAACGCUAUAUAUUGUUGGUUUCUUGGAGGAUAUACCCACAUCAGUUGGAUUUUUUGAAGCCAAAUUGCUUCGCAUACGCCUUCUUGUACUCCACUUCAGUUGAAGAUAUGCUAACAGUCAUUUGGUUCUGACUUACCCGGGACACCGCUCUUUAAUUGCGAUGCAUAAACGUAGUCUUUAGAGCUGAGAAACUUCUCUGAGGAAAGAUAGGUGUUAAGUAAUUCCUAUACAGGCAUUUAAGAGACUUUUAGUAUGGAGCCAAAUUGAGAAAUAAAGUUUGGUCAAGAAGGCAGGGGUGUAUGAAUCGAUAAGUGCUUUGCUAUACAAAAAGUACCAUUGUUACUGAAAAAGAUCCGAUUUAAAAUACUUUUUGGAAAUUAUUUUCAUUCUUCUCAUUAUGAUACAGACAAAUGAUUAGCUGGCAUUUGUCUUAAUCCCAAAGAAUCUUCAGUUUCUUAAGGAUUGUUACAGCCUACAAGCGUUGUAGUUUGUGAUCUACUGUGUAAAAUGUUUGUUUUGAAGCAAAUUAUAAUGCCCGAUAGAAGAAAUCUUGUUGUCUAAAUGUUGCAACGUUGAAAGAUUGUAUCAUGUGCAUCCAAUUCAAAGAUG